CAGAACCUUUAAUGGAUGUUUUUUUCUGGAACAUGGCCUCUGCAGAGAGCUCUUUCACAAUGGCCUUAUUCUCUCUUCUCUCCUCAUCAACAGUUAAGAGCUCGUAAGGGACUCAGUAGCUCUGCCUUGCUUGGAGAUGUCACAGACUGAGGUCUCGAGAACACAGCUGCCUAUUCACAAACUUUCAUUGUCAUGCCUCAUGCCUGCCUUCAGCACAAAUCAGUGUUUGCUUAAAUGCAAAACUACAACUAAUAAUCUAGUCCGAAUGGCUGCCAGUUAUAGUCGUUUAUCUUUGCUGCUCUCGAUUCUUGUUCUCAACGUAUCAGUUGCCAGAUCAUCAGAGACGCCUUUCAAGGUAACCGAGGGCAGUACUGUGAUUCUGUCCUGUCAUUACUCUGUGAAACAUCAUGGCCUGAGCCACGUCUGCUGGGGUCGAGAUUGUGGAACCUUCUGGUGCAAUGACAUCAUUGUUCAGACAGACCAAAGUGGGGUCAUCUCAAAGGUCUCUGACAGGUACAGACUCAUCGGAGAUGUUCUCUCAGGACAAAUGGACCUAGGGAUCCAGCGGAUACGACAGUCAGACAGUGGGCCGUACUGCUGCAGGAUAAACAUAGAUGGGCUUUUCAAUGACAAGAAGGUGACCUACUCUUUAAAAGUCAUGAAAGCUGCAACAACAACAACACCAACAACUACUACACUUCAUACUACAGAACCACUGCAAACUCAAACAGUGUCUUCUCUCUCAUAUCAGCCCAGAGGUACAGAGUCAUCAGCGUUUGACAUUUCUGGACAAAACUUCACCUUGCAGAAUUCUAAUCCUGUGUCUGAUGAAGCGAUAUCAAGCAUAUCACUACAGAUCAACAUCCCCGUGCUUUCUCUGUCUCUCAGUCUGCUCUUGCUUCUGAUAGGGGCGUUGGCCCUGCUGGCCUUCAAACGUGGGUUUCACAUGAAAGUCAUAGAUAGUGGAUGUAUGUCGAAAGAGCCAAGGCACAUUGUUUACGAAAUACGGACCAGAAGACCAGUGGAGGAGAAUAUUUAUAUCCUGGAAUAGUAGCGUAUCCAAGACAUAUACACACACAAAGAUUAUGUAAUUUCGUAUGUUUAUGUAUGUUUGUAUGAUUAUGUAUUAAUAUAUAAUUAUGUAAUAUGUAAUAUGUACUGUAUGUUUAAUUUUGCAUGUCUGCAAAGAAUGAUAUCAAGUAGAAAUAUAUGUAAUAUAAAAAAAUGUACCUAAAACAUUUUAUCAUUCAUUAUGAGAUUAAAUUAAACCAAAUGUAAGAUUAUUAGGCAUAUUUCUAGACAUGUUUACUAAUUUUAAGCUUGAAGUACUUUUGUUCUUU